AUGAAUUUCUGCAGCCAUUUUCGUUCGCAAAACUUGUUGGGCCUCUCGUUUUACUCAACAAGUACGAAAACUGCAUUCCCUAGAAAAUCAUGGAAUGGCUCACUAGGGGCUCUCUACCGUAAGAUUUCCAAAAUCGAAGAUCCUAAGGCUAUGCCUUCCAUCUUUCCGGUUCUCGACAAGUGGAUCCUCGAUGGCCGAGUGGUUGACAGAAGUAGUCUCUUGGGUUUCAUUAAGGAGUUCAGGCGCAUUCGACGCUAUAACCACGCUCUUCAGCGCUCUCCUCAAUUGUUAUGUUCGUUCAGAACAAGUGGAGAAAGCAGAGGCCCUUAUGCAGCAGAUGAAGGAUAUUGUUAUGGAAAAAUGGACAAUCUCUUGCAUGAGAUCGAAGAGAAGGGCAUUGUCAAGAACAAAUUUACAUAUACAAUUCAGAUCAGUGCAUAUGCAGUGAAAUCUGAUGUGGAGGGAAUCCACAAGAUUCUCGCAGAGAUGGAAACUGAUCCUAAAGUUUUGGAUUGGUCUGCUUAUUCAACUGCAGCAAGUGGAUGUAUAAAAGCUGGGCUUGUGGACAAAGCUUUGUUAAUGUUAAAGAAAUCAGAGGAACUGGUAUUAACUGCGGAGAAAAAACACUGUAGCCCUGAGCACAUUCUCACACAAUACGCUGCAAUAGGGAAGAAAGAUGAAGUAUUAAGAUUAUGGAACGUUACAAUAAGCAGUUGA